GCUUGGCAUAUCCCCUCAGGCAUUACGACUGCCGUGGCUUGGCGAAGCAGGCAAGGAUCAAUCGACAUUAAGGUGAGGCUUUCGGCUGGCCAAGGGGAUCGUCGGGAAGUGACAUGCAAUGAGAGUUGCCAAGAAAGUAUGAAUGUAUUGUGAAACUGAGUUGACAGAUGAGAUGAGAAUGUAUAAAUGCCUGGUUUGUCCUUCAAUUCGUUCUCUCACCAUCAACAGCUUCAUUCACAACUUCACACUUCAAACUCAACAACACCAACAGAGCUUCUUCUCAUACAAUCAUUCAAAAUGUAUACUUCAACCAUCGCUCUCGCUCUCGCUCCCCUUCUCUACCUCGCCCGCGCAGACAUCAGUCUCGAUCGGGACGACAUCCCACGAGAAUGCGACACCAUCUGUGAUCCCAUUAUUCAACUCACCAAGACAUGCGACACUGAUCUCCGCGGUGAUCGUGACCGUGAAGAAGACCGUCUUGAGGCCCAGUGCGUCUGCACCAACGACUCUUUCAACGUUAGCCGUGUCGCUGCUCUCUGCGCCGGUUGCAUUCACCAGAAUGCUCAAAACAACCGUGAUGACGAUGACGACGAUGAUGAUAUCCGUGAUGACACGGAGGAAAUUGAUGAUCUUAUGUACACUUGUGGUUUCUCAUCUACCACCUAUGUCGCAUCCGCCGCCUCAGCUGCCGUCUCUGGCGUCUCGGUCGACGCGACUCGACCUACAGAUGCUUCUCAGUUGACCACCACCAUUGCUGGCGGUACACGAACCCAGAACUCCAACGAGCCUUCUGCUACUGGUGGCAGCGGUGGUAAUGGAGGCAGUGGAAGUAACGACAACAACAAUGAUGCCUCUGCUACCAACGAUGCUUCUAACCCCGACGAGACCAACGCUGCUGCUGCCAUGGCACCUUAUGGAGUCGUCGGCGCUGUUGUUGGCGCUGCUAUGCUCCUGGCUUAGAUAUGAUGGGACAUCACCCUGUGAGAGGGUUACUGAAAUGAUAAAGGAUUGUCGCUUUUUAUAUGAUACGCCUUAUUUUCUUAUUUAGAGGGAUGCGCUUAAUGAGAUAUGUCGCUAUUUAUCGUAUGACACCGUCUACCGAUGUGAAUCUACAUGCCAGAUAAAGUAAACUCACAUGCGACUCUUAUCUCACCUCAUCGGCGAACUGUAUCUCUCGUCUAAUUGGAGGUGUCUCAUCGCCAGCAUGAACAGGCAACUCGGAACGCAUUCUUUGAGCACCAGUAAUGACAAUUGGACCAGUAGCCGGACGAGCGUCUUUCUUAUCUGGUCCAAAGAAAUACCUCCCAAUGAAGGGGAUAUUUCGUCGACGUCCACCUGUUGGAGCAUCGCUCAGACUUUCGCUGACAACACGGCUCAAUGUCCUGGGUGCGUGGAAGCCCAGUUUUCCGACUGGGAUACUCAAGCCAUGAACGACCUAUAUUCUGUUAGCAUAAAUAACAAUUGAUGGAUGAGGGGGCCACUUACGAUACUGCAAACUGUUAGGAACCACACAAUGAUGCGUGUUUGGUCUCCAAGGUUCUUAACAUCGCUCCUCGGCCGCCCAUCCUCAUCACUAAGAUGCUCUUCAAUGAACUCCAGACUGAUGAACAGAUAGAACACUGCCGAAACACCAAUUGGUCCAAAGAAGCCAACAAAAACAGCCUGCUUGACCUCCUCGAUCUGAUGAAUCCACUUGUGCAUGCCAAACACCCACGGAAGUCGCCUCAGCACAAGGACACAAAUCCCCAGGAUGACAAGAUGCCAUAGAGGAAUAACAGAGUUGUCGUGGAAGUCUUUCCAGGGGAUGUAGGCUCCAUACCAGAGAAAUAUGGUAACGUUGAGCAGCAUGUCAAUUGUAGGUUGCAGAGAGUCGUCUUUGGUUUCGAGACGGAACCAAUCGUCCCAUGUGAAUGUGUUACCAGCGAUGAAGCAGGCUAGCACAUCGUCUGUACCGACCAUACCGCAUGUCCCUAGGACGAAGAGUGCUAGGGCGAUGGCGAAGACGAGAAAGCUUUCGCGAUCAACGUAGUUAUGCUUCUCAGCGAAGUGAAGCAGCUCUUUGCCAACCCAUCCCACCACAGCGCCGUAGAUUACACUGAGAAUGAUGGUGUAACCCCAGGUCAUACCGAACCACAAGCCCAUAGCAUCGGCCGCUCCACCGGAUGUAGCUGCAGCACCUGUAAACUUGAUGAGAUAGAGGGCCAAGAACAGAAACGGAUAGCCCAG